GAUCAGGUUUGAAGGUCGCCCGCCUCGUUGGUGGAUCUAGUGACAAAAAUAUUGAAUAUUAGAAAGUAAGGUUCCUGGCAUGUUCGAGACAAAACUCAGACCUCAAUUUAUGUAAAAUUUACUCUUAGAGCUUCGGACAUGAAACUGAGAAAAUAAUCUGCUUGAAAGUUUGGUCAAACGUUGAAGAUCUAGUUUCUGCUCUCCACAUUUUCAGUUUUUGGAACUGCGAGAUAUAAAGAACAUAGUUGCAUAAUUACAUUUCCUGCCUAAUGUUGAGUAAAGGCUGUGCCAUUAAUAUUUUAUUCGCUAUUCAAAAAAGUCAUUUCAUUCCUUUGAGACAAUAUGCUGAUGGACAAAUAACUUCAUCCAUGUAUUGUAGACUUGUUAAAGAAGGAAAAAUUAGGCAUGACGAUUUCCAAUUUUCGAUUGUCAGACAACUUGAUGAACUUUGUAAGGAGUUACACUCAUACUAUAACAAAAGUCGAUUAUUAUCAGUGAUUAGUAGUCAAAGUGCUCCUAGAGGUAUUUAUCUGUACGGUUCUGUGGGUUAGUUUAAUAUUAGAAAGGAGUAAACGUUUUAAAGGUUGCGGAAAGACUAUGUUAAUGGAUUUGUUUUAUGAGUGCUGUAAUCUCGAUUACAAGUGGAGAACUCACUUCCACUCAUUCAUGUUUGAAGUACAUGGAAGGCUACAUGCUGUUCGUUCAUCUGCUCCAAGAAACAAAAAUUCAUUUGAUCCUAUUCCUCCAGUAGCAAAAAGUAUCAUUGAUCAAUACAAAUUGUUAUGCUUCGAUGAAUUUCAGGUUACAGAUAUUGCAGAUGCAAUGAUAUUAAAACGAUUAUUUGAGAAUUUAUUUAAUCUUGGCGCUGUUGUUGUUGCCACAUCAAAUCGUUGUCCGGACGAUCUAUACAAGAAUGGGUUACAACGUGUAAACUUUGUACCUUUUAUAGGUCUUCUUAAAUUUUAUCAAAAAUUUGGAAACAAGCUAACUACUGAAUUCCUAACCAUCUGUUUAGUAUAACAAUACAAAAUUGAUUUCAAGAAAAGUGUCAUAUAGUCAAUUUGGAUUCUGAUGUGGAUUACCGUACAAAAAUAAGUGAAACAUCAUUCAAAGAAUCAGAUCUUCCCCUGUAUCUAGAUUAUUCUACUGGAAAUGACGAUAUACAUAAUCAACUUGAAAAAUGGUUUACAAAAUUAACAACUGAAGAUGGACAUGUUGGACCACCAGUAGUUGGAACAAUUUCAACAUACGGGCGUGUGGUUACCUUUAAACAAACUGGUGGAAAUAUUUUAAAAUGUACAUUUGAUGAGUUGUGCAAUGUGCCUUUAGGUGCCGCUGAUUAUAUGAAUUUAACUAAACGUUUUCAUACAAUAAUUUUAUAUGAUGUACCACAAAUGGGAAUGCAUAAUUUACCAAGUUUAAAACGUUUUACACAUUUCAUUGAUGUUCUAUAUGAUACACAUACUCGUCUUAUUAUUGGUGCUAAUUGUUCAUUGGAAAAUUUAUUAUUAUUAUCUAAUAAUGAUACAUCUUCUAUUGAAUUACAAUUUAAUCAUCGUCAAUUAAUGGAUGAUUUAAAGAUGAAUAUGGAUCAUCCAACUAAUAUGAAAGCAUCAAUAUUUACAGGUGAUGAAGAUUUGUUUGCUUAUUCUAGAACAUUAUCCAGAUUACGUGAAAUGCGUUCAAAAGUAUAUUGGGAUCAAAGUGGACCAAAUCGUAAAGUUGACUAAGAAAAGAGAACAUAAACAUUUCACAAAAAGAUAGAUGUUCAAUAGAGUAUUUGUCUUUAUAUCUUAUUAUCUAUGACUUUGAAAAACAGAAAGAACAAUCCUACUUUUUAUUAUUUUUUUUUGUAGAUAAAAUAUUAUACACAGAUAGAUUAGUUUACAAUACCCAUACAUUUUGUAAAAUAUAGUUUUCAAUCAC